UCUCAGAUGGCUUCAAAUGAUCCCGAAGAUCCCCCCGGAAAUCCCCAACCCGGUGACCUCAUUGAGAUCUUCAGGCCAGCCUAUCAGCACUGGGCUCUGUACCUGGGUGACGGUUACAUCGUCAACCUGACACCAGUGGAUGAAGGCCAGGCCACGGCCAUGUCCAGCGUGAAGUCUGUCUUCAGUCGAAAGGCGGUGGUGCGCAUGCAGCUGCUGAAGGAGGUGGUGGGGGGCAACUCGUACCGAGUCAACAACAAAUACGACGACAACCACACCCCCUUGCCUGUCUGUGACAUCAUUCACCGAGCCCAGCUUUUCAUUGGCCAGGAAGUGUCGUAUGACCUGCUGGGCAACAACUGCGAGCACUUUGUCACUCUGCUGCGCUAUGGGGAGGGGGUGUCUGAACAGGCUUCCCAGGCCAUUGGCGCGAUCAGUCUGGUGACGGCGGCUGCCAGCGCCUUCUCAGUGCUGGGACUGAUCAACAACCGAACCCCAAACAGGCCUGACUGACUGACUCCUUCACAUACCACCCUAACCAGCUCGUCUCUCUCUGAGCUCAGCACACAAUCUGCUGUCUGUGCAGAUUAUUACGAUCUUGAUUACCCAAAGCACUUGCCUCUCUUGUGCAAACUGCGUAAAAAAAGAUCAGUAAGGCGUUGCUUACUGGAAGGUCAAGGGUAGUUUUUGUUGUAGAUUUUGAACCUCAAGAAAGAGCUUGAGUUAUUCUAGACUGGGACUUGCGCAAUGUUGUGGCUGAUAUAAUUACCUACAAUAUGUACACCUGCAAAAGUGUGAUUAAAGAAAUGAAUGUGUUUUGAUAGUAUAUUUACCUUUCAUAAUUAGUUCGUGUUGUUUGCAGUACAUGUCAGUGCAGUGUAAAAUGCAAGUGCUGUUAUUUUAUCCUUGGUUAAAUAAAAUAUAAACUGUCUGUAUUUGUUUUUCAUAAAUAUUUUAAAACAUUGCGCCAAGAAGAAAGUGGUAGACAUUUGUCUGUUUAUUUUAUAAUGUUUAAAUAAAGUUUUGUUGGCGCUUAUUGAUUACGACAUUUUCUGUGACGUAGUUGUCAUGCGUAGCCCAUUCACACGUGUUGUUUUUCAGAGCAAGCUAGCGUUCGGUGUUCUCUAAAAUUUGAUUGCUAGCUACGUUUGUAUUGAAUAUUACGACUGGAAAACCUAACCCUAUUAAUAAUCACUCA